UAGUACUUUAUUUAUCUAUGUAUUUUCCCGCUAAAUUCGUAUAUCAUGCUUGGUAUAUAUUCGACUAUUCAGCCAUAUCCUUAUGGAUUCAGCAUUCAGCUAACAUUCCUAUUAAAUCGCUUUUCGAAUUGCACCAGAAAUGGACCAAAAAGCGAAAUUACGAAAGCUCAUAGUCAGCACUUUUGCACUAGAAGGUUUUACAAUACAAGAGUAAGUAAUCCACUAAUCGAUAUUAUAUUUAUUUUAAAAUUUUCAAUAUUUUAAGUUUCACUGUGUUAAGGUUUUUGUAAUACACUAUUGCGUAAUAUUCUUUUAGUUUUUAAUUCAAUUGUUGUUGUCAUUUUAAAGGAAGGCAUGUGCACAUCUGAUUCAACAGUUAGAACCAUUAGAGUGUAAAGAGGAUCGUGAUCAAUGGCUUGAAAAAAUUAUUGAUUAUGUCCGCGUUUCAAAUACCAAUGAUGGAAAUAUAGUUACAUAUGACUUACUUAAUAAAAGUCUUAAAGUAAGUUUUCUGAAUGAGUUGCUUUUUAUUUAUUUUCUUUCUAAAAACUAAAAAUAACAUUCAAAUAAGUACCUACCUACCAUCUUUAGGUUAGGUUAGAUUGACUUAUGUCCUAGUAUACUGAAGAAGUUCUUGAUAGGAACCUUGGUUUAAUGUUGAUUUAAUUGUAUAUUUAAUGUUAAAACAAAUUUUGUACCUACCUAUUAAAAAUAAAAGUAAAUUUUCAAUUUUUUAUUAAAAUCAACACUUAAAUAUGAAAAAGCAAGUAAAGUAGAUAAAGUUGAGAGUUUAAUGAGAUUUCUUAACAUUUAAUCUUGCCACACAUAUAUUAUAAAGCUAUUAUUUCCUAAUAGUUUUGUUGUGAUUUACAAAUCUUGAAUGAUGAAGACAUAUUACGCGUGACUCCUGCUAAUAAAUUACCUUGCUAUAAAUACUGUUCAUCAACAAAAAAAUUUCUUAGAAUAACUUCUGAUUCCAAAUCACUUUCUAUGUUUGGUGAUGCAUCCACAAAAAUUGCUCAAUAUGUGAAUAGGUAAGUAAUAUAAACUAACAGGUCUUAUAAUCAUUUGUUUUUAUUUUCUUGAAAUAAUAUUUAUAGAAUUUGCCUCUGUUUGCAUAGGUACACUGUCAUAAGGCAGCGUAUGACUAGAAUAAAGACUGUAACUGAUGGUACUCUCGGUCAACCAUUAACAAUUAGUGAUAAAAUACGAGAUGUGGAUUAUCUUUUAAGUUCAGGAGCAGCUGGGAAAUUUGAUCACAAUUCCAAAAAAAGUUCAGUUUUACUUCUCGGAAUAUUAGUACAGUUGAAAGAAGGAGGUCGUUAUUAUUUAGAAGACCCCACUGGAGCUAUACCCAUUGAUCUUUCUAAAACAAUAUCCUUUGAAAACAUAUGUUGCUAUUCAAAUACAAUGAACAAUAUUUCUAUACAAGUUUAAUUAAAAACAAUUUUAUCACGUAUAAAUAACUUUAAUGAAUAUUUUGAAAUUUUAUAAUUUUAGUAAAUCUGAUUUGCUUUCUUAACUCAACUCUUUUGUAAGAUUUCAAAAAAGGCUAUUUUUCUGAAAAUUGUUGCGUAUUAGCUGAAGGUUGCUAUUGUAGCGAUCAAAGGGUGUUUGCUGUCACUGAUAUGGCUUUACCUCCGUGCGAACGUGCAGAAAUUAGCAAGUAAAAAGAGAUUUUAUAUUCAUAUUUUUCGUCCUAGGGAAGAAGUGCAUAAAUCAAAGUUGUUUAGUUUUUAAUAUAAGUAAAUUAAAAUUUUAAAAUUCAUGCAAUUAUUUAUAGAUUUUUAUAUUAUCUAAACUAUUGUUAUAUAUUGAUGAUUUUUUUUUUUUUUUAUAGAAUUUAUUUUGGAGAAGCAACUACUUUUUGUGAUGAUGACCAUAGUUUGAAAUUAUAUAAUCCUAAAUUAUUGGAAUAUGAAAAAACCAAAAAACGAAUGAUAAUAUUUAUCUGUGAUGUUUUUUUAGACGACCCUAAGGUUUGUAUGACAUAUUUCAUAAUUUUCAUUACUAGAGCUUGGAAGUUAUAGAAGUCGCCUAUUAUACUCUAUGCUCUUUUUUUGUAGAAGAUCAAGCUAGAAAUCCUGUUAUACACUAUGAAGGGUUUAAAAAUUGAAUAUUUACUAUGUGUUUUGUAUAUUUCCUCAAUUUUAGAAAAAAAUGCAUAUUUUGUCAAUUUUCAUACGUAUAUUAUGCAUAGUUAAUAUUUUUUAUUUUUUCAUCUAUGUAUUUUAAAUAAUAUUGUUUAUAAAAUUUAAUAUUUAACAUAUUUAUUUAGGUAUUUAUUGCCACCGUGCAUAGGUGCAUGUUGUGAAUUUAAUUAAUUUUGUUUUAUUUUAUUGUAUUUUUAUUUUUAUUUUUAAACAGUACACUGAUACAAUGUCCUAUUACUAAUUAUAAUAAUAGUACUAAAGUUUAUUAUUUGAAUGCAUAUUUUCGGUUUUUGUGUGUAUAUUUUGUCAGAUUUACUUUUUAUAAUUUCUAAGUCCUAUUCAUUACUAUCAAUAUUAACUACAAAAAACCUAUUAAAAAUUUAAAAAUACCUUGUAAAAUAUGAAAAAUAGAGUGAAUUACAUUUAAUGUAAUCACUGGUUUAUAGAAUCAACCCUUUAUUGGAAUCAAAAAUGAAAAUCCCAAACCAAAUUUUAUGUUAUUUAUGCUAAAUUAACCUUUUAUUAGAAUCACCAAGUACUGGAUAAUUUAAUCACUUUUUUUUUAAACAUUCUUAUCGUUUUUAUUAUAACUAUAAUAUAAUAUAAUAAUAUAUAUAAUUUUUAAUUGUAUAUUGAAUAUGGAUUUUAAUUUCAGGUUAAUAUGAAAAUUUGUAGAUUCUCAAGUAGAAUCGAAAAUAGAUACCUAGCUUCUUUAUUUUAUUUUAAAUUUAUGUAUAGAUAUAGAAUUAUAGAAUUAUUAAAAAAAAAAAAAAAAAUGUUUUAUGGGAUCAACCGGUUAAUAGAAUUAAAAUGGCCUGAACCAAUGUGAUCACAUUUAGUGGAACUCACUGUAGAAUAAUAUAAUUAAAGAUUAGACAUUUUUUUUGUAUAAUUUGUUGAAUAUCUUUAUAUUGAAAUAAUUAUGGGAGUAUAAUAUAUAAAAUAUUUUAUUACUGAUUAUAUUCUAGAAUUUGAUUAAUUAUAAAGUUUCAUUAGGUACAUUAAAAAAACAAAAGGUUAGGUAUUGGUUAACUAAUGCUGUUGAUGGAUGUGUCACUAAUGUAGGUGGGAAGUUGGGAAAGUAGGAUACAUUAAAUUAGGUAUUUAAUUUAUAUUUGUAAGCUACAAUAAAUGAACUACGAACCUGGGUGAUACAUGUUUUGAAAUAACAUAAUAUUUAUUAUUUUUAUCAUAAUUUGAUCAAAAUAAUUAUAAAAAAAACUAUAUUAUACUCAAUAUUUUUUUUUUUUACUACUAAGUACAACUUAUAAUGAACCUUGUCUUAAAUUUUUAAGCAUUUCUGGUGGGUCAAACAAUUUUGUUGGAAAUUAUUUACAGAGAAAAAAAAAAGUAAAAUAUACAUACAAAAAAAGAUCACAUAGUUAAAUCAAUAGGGAUCAGAAUCUUAAAACCUUAGAAAUUAAUUCUAUAUAUUUUUUCCUCUAUAACUAUAUAGUUUUUUUGAUAAUUAGGAUUAUCAAAAAUUAUAAUUUAUUCUAAUUAUAAAACAUUGUUUAAUUUUUAUAAUAGAAUAGUCUUAAUUUAAUCGGUACUAAUAAUAUAAAUAUUUUUAUCUGUCUUGAAUUAUGGACCAAAAUAUUUUAUUGAUAUUAUAAACAUCAAACAUAAUAAUAUUAUGUACAAAUGUAUCAAAAAAACUGAUAAGUACUUUUUAAACAGGUUUUAAAUAAAUUCCACACCUUCUUAAAUGCGUUUAAUGAAGUCAUUCCAGUGGCUAUAGUAAUGAUGGGUGACUUCUUGUCUUGUCAUGUUCCUUCACAUGUAUAUGCUCAGGAAUUGAAAUUUCAUUUGACUCAAUUAGGACAUUAUUUGCACGAUAACACACCCGAACUUAAAAAUACCACAUUUGUGUUGUUACCAGGACCUGGUGAUCGUUAUUGUGGUACUGCAAGUGCCAGCAUCUUGCCAAGGUAUUUCAUUAUUUUCAGUAUAAAUAUUUUGGAAUUAGAUUAUGUUUUAAUAAUUGAUUUUGAAUAUUUGUUUUUUUGGUUUAUGAUUCCAAAUGUGCUUCAAUUAUAUUUCUAUUAUUUAGACCACCUAUACCUGAUAGUUUAACUGAAGAAUUUCGUCGCCUGGUACCUAGAUGUGUGUUUACCACUAAUCCAUGUCGCAUACAAUAUUGUACACAACAACUACAUGUAAUUCGAAUUGAUGGUCUAAUGAAAAAGACAGCUAACUAUGAUGUAAGGCAAGGAUCAGUAGAUCGAAAAAAAAGUACAGUGGCCGGUAUUGAUAAAUCUGCUGUUCAAAAUGUAAAUAGUUAUAAGUUAUACAAAUUGUUUUAUAAUUAUUUUUGUGUUUACUUAUUAAUUAGUUUUAUUGGCAUUUCUUUGAUUACAAUUUAUGUGCUCAAUGAUCUUUUGUAUUCCAGUAUAUACAAACAUUAGAAAGCCAAUCCCAUUUAAUUACUGUUCCUUUGGAUGUAUGUCCCACUUACUGGCCACUUGCAUCACAUUCCUUGAGUUUAUACCCAAUGCCAGAUCUAGUUUGUGUCGCAGAUGCUAAUGCACCAGAGUACAGUACUAGCGAUGAUUCAAGUUCAAGAAUAUCAUCGUCUUCGGGUUGUGUGUUUAUUAAUCCAGUGAGUUAAUUUAUUAUGACUAGAUUUUAUCAUAAAUUCGUAAAUAUAUGAACUCAUUUUUUCUUAAUUUACUUAACUUAUUUGAACAAUAUAAUUAAAAUAAAUUUAAGUAAAAAUAAAAUGUAUUUAGCCAAAUUUUUUGGUUAACGUCAUUUUAUUUUUUAUUCAAUAUUUUGUAAAAACAUUUUUUCAUUAUUCAUUAAAUUAUUUUUAUAAAAUCAAUACAAUUGUACAUUAAGUUUUUAAUGUGAUCUUAAUGAAUCUUACUAUGAAAGUUUUUAAUGUUUGAUCACACUUUUUUUACAUCAACAUCAGUUAUAGAAGGGAAGUUCAUUUUUUAAUUUUAAGAAAAUAAAGUAUAAACAAAAUUAUUAAACGGUUAAUACUCGUAAAUAAAUAUAUAUAUAUAUAUAAAUAAUAAUAAAAAAAAAUGCGUUGCUUGGAAUAUUAUGAAAUGUGUAUUGUAUGACGAGUUUCAAAUUAAAAAUGUAUCAUCAGGUAAAAUCACAAAAUCAAAAAGUAAAAGGGGCGAUUGAAUAUGAAAAAAUAAAUAAAGGUAUGCAUAGCAAAAAAAUUGUACAAAUUGGUUGUUUUACACAGAAAUAAAUUUAUUUUAAUAGGAUAGAUUAUUUAAAAUGAGUUAUUAUUAGACAUAGAUAUGUUAAGAAAUUAAAAUUAUUUGGUUAUUAUUUAUUAUGAUAAUAUUAUUUAUAAUUUAUUGAUGUAAGAUAUUUUUUUUAAAUCGGUUUGAACAUUUAAAAUAUUAUUAAAAUUAUUUUUUUUAAAUUUCAUUGUGUGUGUGUGUAAUUCUUCUAAUAUUGAAUUAAUGUAAAUGUUAUUUCGGGUAUUUAAUAUUUUUAAGUCUGUAUUAAUAUAAAAACUUAUAUUAUGGUUAUUUUCUAAAACAUGUUUAACAAUAUUAGAAUUAAGGGCAUUGUUUUUUAAUUUUAUUUCAGAAAUGUGUUCAUUAUAUAUUAUUUUGAAAUUUCUACAUUAUUUGUAUUUAAAAUUAAUUAAAAAAAAAAUAUUCCCCUUUGAGCAUUCUAAAACUGCCUCUAUCAAUAUAUAAAUUCUGGUCAUAAUCUUAUUAAUGAGAUAAAAUUUAAAUCAAAAUGGAUCAAGAUAAAUAAAUAAAUAUAUUUUUGUUUUUCUGUUUGUAGUCAUCAUUUGCCAGAAAUAAGUACAGAUUUUCCGUUUACUUAACAGCGCAACGUCAAGUAGAUGACAGUCAAAUACCAGAUGACGAUGAAGUUGAAAAUAAUUCAUUAGAUGUGUAACAGGGUUCUGGACAAUGAAGCAAUAGUUUUCAUGUCUAUUUAUUAUUACUAGUAUAUUGUGAUUUCAUCUGUUAUAGUACAUUACUGUAUUUUACAAAAUUGU